AUGUCAGAAAAGUUGACGUCAACGGUCUCCGUGGCCCCGACUGAUGUCGAGAGCCAGAGAAACGAAAUUACCACGGUCAUCUCGCCUCAUACUGGGAAACCAAUCCACAUUUCAACCACAGGCGAUGCAGCGAUGGACUAUGUAUUGUCUCAUAACGACGAAAAGGUCGAGCUUGAUCCGGAGACAGACCGCAAGUUGCUUUGGAAAAUCGAUCUCUACCUUUUGCCCCUCAUCUGUCUCUUAUACGCCGUUCAGUUCAUGGAUAAAAUGUCGAACUCGUAUGCUGCGGUGAUGGGCUUAAGAGAGGAUUUGGACAUGCAUGGAGAUAGAUACUCGUGGACUGGUUCUGCGUUCUAUCUCGGGUACUUGGCGUUUGAGUUUCCAUGUGCCUAUACUUUGCAGAGAUUUCCUGUGAUAACCACUGUUUCGAUCUACAUUGUCAUUUGGGGUAUCAUUUUGAUGUUGCAUGCUGUUCCCAACUACGAGGGUUUUGUGGCCUUAAGAACUCUUCUUGGUGCGUUUGAAUCAUCUGUUACUCCAGCAUUUGUCAUUGUCACUUCUCAGUGGUACAAGAAAGACGAGGUGUUCUUGAGAACGGCAUUGUGGUUUUCCUUCAACGGUCUUGGGCUUAUUAUUGGUUCGGGUGCUAUCGCUUUUAACCUCCACGCUAACAUGGACAGCUACAGCAUCGAGGCCUGGAAAUUGAUUUUCAUCAUCACUGGUGCCAUCACCGUCGCUUUGGGCGUUGUGAUUUUCUUUCACAUUCCCAACAAACCGACAGAGGCAUGGUUUCUCAAUGAUAAGGAGAAACGUCUCGUCGUGGAGAGAAUCAGGGUCAACCAGCAGGGUUUUGGUAACAAGCACUUCAAAAAAGUAUCAGCUUAUUGA